CAUCUGUGUCAAUACAUUUAACACCAAGAUGUACUUUGCACUGUACCAGUGCCAACUAUCGCGACAAAUUUCUACAAAACAACCAACGCUGAAUAUUCCUAAAACAGUUUUUCCACCCAAUAUCUUUCUCGAAGAUGAAAUAAGUCAACUAAAAGAACCAGAGGAGCCCAUACAACGUCCUACAUUCAAAUCAAAUUUAAAUAAAGACUUAGAAAUGAUCAUAGCCAAACUAAAGUCGCCAUCAAUUGAUGAAAGCUUGAAAAUCACUACAUACACGCAGGUAUAUUUAAUAAUUUGCAGGUGUUUCUAUAAAAUUGAAAACGACAUCGAGAGAUUAAAGCAUAAAAUGAAGGUAAACAAACACACUGUCUACCCUAAACUCAAACCUUACAACAUUCAUCACAACUGUGAAACUCCCCUCCAAGUGUUUUUAAAACCCCCAUUAAUCGAAAAUAUCACCAACAAAGAGCAUAAACCUGCUAAUGCAACCAUUCAAGAUUUACCGGCGAAAGAUUGUAAAACGAGGUUCAAUCUAUAUUUUAAUACGACGCAAACAUCAGCGGUUCCUUUAAAAGGCAAAAAUGUCCCAAGCAAGCCACCUAGUAAACCAAAAUCGUCCAGCCAAAAAGAGGUAAAGAAACUAGAGGACUCUGACGACGACGGCUAUCCUGUAGACGAACAUUUUGACCCCUAUGCUCACAUUGUGACGGUACCUAACAAACACUUGAAAUCUGAAAGCGAAACUGUCAUCGAAGAAAUUGUCGAUGAAGGGACGAUUCCACCACCAGCUGUUCUCUGCCAGUUUAAUUUCAACCUGUAUGUUAUAAUCUACGUAUACCUUACAGAAGCCGUCGAGAGCAUUGCGGAUUUAUUAGAACUUCGCUCAUUUAAAGAGACACCUUAUCCAGUAAUUAAAGAAAUCGAACAACCAAACCAUACAAGAAGACUAAUUGAUUUAAAAAGCCUUAUCAUUCAAGAAAACCUGGAAAAUUUGAAGGCAAAGGUUAUAUUGUACAACUAUCGUAAAGCUUCAAAAUUAAACUGGGAGAAAAUGGAGAUGGAAAGACAAUUAAAAUCGACAAAUUCGGAUUCUUCUAUGUGGACCGUUUUACAAUCAUAUAAAGGGAAGGUGGAGAAAUAUAAUGACAAACCUGUAAGUUACCCGGUUAAUAUAUAUGAGGGAGAUAUACAACAAAUGUAUGACAAAGUUCAGCAUGUUACUGAGGCGACAUCGACAAUAGAUGCUAAAGUAGAUCGACUUUUACCAGACCACCGAAACACAGCCACCCAAAAAGUGUACAGUAAGGAAGAUGAAGUGGACGAUUUGGAAGCUUAUAUAGAGAAGGUUAAAAGUGAAACUUCCGUUCAUAGUUUGUACGAUUUUAAAUUUAGUAAAGAAACGCAGAAGAAUAUUGAUGACCAUGCUUCCUAUCAGGAGCAUUUUUAUUACUCGCUGUCGAAUAGUGAAUUGAGCGAGUUUUCGAUCGAUUCAGAACAAAGUGAUGAAGAUACCUGCAGUGAGAUAACAAAUUCUUGUUGUAAAAAUUAAAGACAAUCUAUUUACAGUAGCUGUUUUUU